ACUUUCAGAAGCUUAUCUUCCACAUUCCAAAACUACAAUUGCAAACCAAAAAUAUUCUUCUCUCUCUCUUACAAAUCAAACAUGGCAGCUGAUUUUGCAAAGGGGAAGAUGGUAACAAUUUUGAGUGUUGAUGGGGGUGGUAUUAGAGGCAUCAUUCCCGGAACUAUUCUCGCUUUUCUCGAGUCUAAGCUUCAGGAAUUGGAUGGCCCUGAUGUGAGAAUUGCAGAUUACUUUGAUGUAAUUGCUGGAACAAGUACAGGUGGUUUGGUUACUUCCAUGCUUUCAGCUCCUGACAAGAAUAAUCGACCUCUAUAUGCUGCAAAAGAUCUCACCCACUUCUAUUUAGAACAUGCUCCAAAGAUCUUUCCACAGAGGAAUCAUUUGUUAAGUUCAGUGGCAAAUUUAUUUGGGCAAGUUAUGGGCCCAAAGUACGAUGGCAAAUAUUUGAGGUCAUUGAUAAAUGGACUGCUUGGAGAUCUAACACUUAAGCAAACAUUAACCCAAGUUGUUAUUCCAGCUUUUGACAUCAAGCUUCUUCAACCUGUGAUUUUCACCACAAUCGAUGCAAAAUGGAACGAGUUAAAGAAUCCAAAGUUAGCAGAUGUUUGCAUUAGUACCUCUGCAGCACCAACAUAUUUACCAGGUCAUGAAUUUCAAACUAAAGACUCCAAGGGAAAUACCCGUAAUUUUGAUAUGGUUGAUGGUGGAGUUGCAGCAAACAAUCCAACAUUAGCUGCCAUGACCCAUGUGACAAAAGAGAUCAGCAUAUUGAGACGAAGAAUGGAUCUUUUGAAGAUAAAACCCAUGGAAACAAAAAGGAUGUUGGUGCUUUCUUUAGGAACUGGUACAGCUAAAAAUGAAGGCAAAUAUAGUGCAGCUAAAUCUUCAAAAUGGGGUAUGCUUGGUUGGAUCUACGACGGUGGAGCAACACCUAUAGUUGACAUUUUCAGUGAUGCUAGUUCUGAUAUGGUCGACUAUCAUAUUUCUAGCAUCUUCCAAUCUACACAUUGCCAAAAAAAUUAUCUUCGUAUUCAGGAUGACACACUGAUUGGUGACGUAUCAUCUGUGGAUAUUGCGACCAAAGAGAAUUUAAAGAAGCUUAUAGACGUGGGGGAGAAUUUGCUGAAGAAACCAUUGUCAAGGGUAAAUUUAGAAUCUGGGAAGUUUGAACCAGUUGAUGAAGGUACCAAUGAAGAAGCCCUUAUUGAAUUUGCAAAAAUGUUAUCAGAAGAGAGAAAGCUACGACUAAGUCCUUAAGGCUAAAAAUUUCCUUUUUCAUCUAUGAAAAAUCUGUCAUAUCGUCUCCUGGGAUGGUGCAGUGGCAAAAGUCUUGGGUGUUGUGGUAGCACCUACUAUGGAUUAUUUCGUAUGUUUGUAUCUUGUAUCUUUUAUAAAUUUAUUUGUUACUGUUCCCACGGGCUAAAUGACCUGUAUGCAUUUUUUAAUGAAAGAGAGUUGUUUUUUCAAUCAAGUCUCAUGAAAGUUCUCUUUGGUUGUU